GGCUGCCCGAGGGAGAAGCGGGAAUCCUGCGGAGCUGGAGCUGAGCUCCUGAGGAGCCGGACCGAGCAGGUACCCCAGUUUGUCUUGUGAAAGAGCUGAGGUCUCCGUGGCAGUCUGGUCUCUGGGAUUGGGAAGAAGGACCCCCAGACUGACAGAGCUGGAAGCCAUGGGCAUUACUGCCAUGCCGACUAAUCACCAGCCACAGGACAGGUACAAAGCAGUAUGGAUUAUCCUCUUCAUCUUGGGGCUGGGCACCCUAUUGCCAUGGAAUUUCUUUAUAACUGCCACUAUGUACUUCAAAAGCCGCUUGGGCCCACCCCAGAAUGAAUCGGGUGCCUUGACAGAGGAAAACAGGGACCUACUUGCUACUACGUCAUCACCCCUGCUGAAUCCCAGUUUGCUAAGCUCCAUUUUCAACAAUGUCUUGACCAUAUGUUCCAUGCUUCCCCUACUGGUCUUCACCUGCCUCAACUCUUUCCUGCAUCAGAGGAUCCCUCAGGACCUGAGGAUCUUGGGCAGUAUGGUGGCCAUCUUGCUGAUGUUUGUCUUGACAGCCAUCUUGGUGAAGGUGGACCUUGAUCCCAUGUCCUUCUUCACUGUCACCAUGAUCCAGAUUGUUAUCAUCAACUCAUCUGGAGCCAUUCUCCAGGGCAGCCUGUUUGGCCUGGCUGGCCUCCUGCCUGCCAGCUACACAGUUCCCCUCAUGAGUGGCCAGGGCCUGGCCGGGAUCUUUGCCGCUGUGGCCAUGAUCUUCGCCAUUGCCAGUGGUUCAGAACUAGGACAAAGUGCUUUUGGAUACUUUAUCACUGCAUGUGUGGUCACCGUCAUUUCUGUUUCAUGCUACUUGGUCCUGUCUCGCCUGAAGUUCUACCAAUAUUAUCAGCAAACAAAGAUGGAGGCUGUUGGGGAGCAGGAAACCAAAAUGGAUCUGAUUCAAAGAGGAAUUUUGCCGAAGUCCUGUAAGUUUGGCACCUCUGCGCUGUGCCACGCUUCCUCUUGGGUAGUCUUACUAUCUUCGAUUUACGUCUGUGGGGAAACAGAAGCCCAGAAAGGAGAAGGGACUUGCCCGAGUUCACAAAAGCCAGGAACCCAAGAACUAGAAGGGACCUCAGUUGGCGGAGAGAACUCUGCCAAGAGUGGAGAAGGAGGGAUGUCAAAGCCGAGCACACCUACCUCCCCCUGUGAGAGGCCUUCCAUCAUAACUAUCCUCAAACAGAUCUGGGUUCUGGCAUUGUCUGUCUGCUUCAUCUUCAUCAUCACCAUCUGUGUGUUCCCUUCUGUGACUGCUGAGGUUCAGUCCACCAUUCUAGGGACCAGUGACUGGCAAAAGUAUUUCAUUCCUGUCUCCUGCUUCUUCACUUUCAAUGCCUUUGACUGGGCUGGCCGGAGCCUCACUACUCUCUACAUGUGGCCGACAAAAGACAGCCGAUGGCAACUUCCUGCCCUGGUGGUGGCCAGGAUUGUGUUUGUGCCGCUGCUGAUGCUGUGCAAUGUUCAUCCGAGGAAGAACCUGCCUGUGGUCUUCCACCAUGAUGCCUGGUUCAUCGUCUUCAUUAUGCUCUUCGCCUUCUCCAAUGGCUACCUCGCCAGCCUCUGCAUGUGCUUUGCCCCCAAGAAAGUGAAACCUUCAGAAGCUGAGGCUGCAGGUACAGUCAUGGUCUUCUUCCUCUCCUUGGGCCUGGCCCUGGGCGCCUUGUUGUCCUUCCUGCUCCGCGUUAUAGUGUGACCACUUGGAAUCUUCCAGCCACCCUGCCUUGUCUACUUCUGACCUCUGUUUUUUCACUACCUGUGCUGGGGAUGGAGGAACAGAACUCCUUCUUUGGACCCUGGGGAAGGGGUCCCAAAGGACAGCCCAGAGAGGUCAGUAGCUGUUUGACUGACCAAUGGAACGCAUCUAGGGGCAAAACAGGGUUUAUCCCCUGGCAGCUCUGUAUAUGUCUGUCCAUUCCCAUGUCCAUCCCUCCCUGUGUCUGUAUGUGGUGUUAGGAGCCAGGUGGAUGAGACGAAGCAUUGCUUUAGGGUCAUAUUUUUUCUGGCCAUGUUUUUCCAUCCAUCUAAUUCCAGCACUUUUCCUUUCCCAAGCCUUUCCAUGUGAUGAUGUCUCAUGUACAAUGACAUUUAUUUUUAUGCAUUUUUUAUACUCAAGACAGAAACCAGGUGCCCUUUGAAGGCAUCAAAUAAAUAAUUUGGGAUUUUU